AUGGCCGACGGAACGAACCCCCCGCUCAGCUACGAGGCAUCGGCCACCACCACCCAUCCCCAUAUCGGCUCGUCGUUGCUGCCCGAGGUGAUUACCUGCCUCAAGAACUCUCGCUACCUGCACCUAGCAACAUCCGACGGCCUCACCCCCCACGUCUCCCUCAUGUCAUAUACCUACCUCUCCGAAACCCCCUUCGACGCCUACCCCGUAAUUAUCAUGACCACGAACCCGUCCUCGCGCAAGACACUGAACCUAGAAGCCAAUCCGCGCGUCUCCCUGCUUGUACACGAUUGGGUGUCACACCGUCCGCCAACUCGGGCUCCGAGUGGCCGUGACGGCUCGCCGCCCCCUGCAGCAACUCGCUCUUCGCUGGCCAGUCUGUUGCUGAAUCUAAACACGAGUGCUCUAUCAAGUAUCUCGACGACAAUCACAGGCACUGCGCGCUUCCUGGAGUGUGGUUCCGAGGAGGAGCGGUGGUGCAAGGACCGGCAUUUGGAGAAUAAUACCUUUGUAACCGCGCCCAACGAGGAGAUCCCAUUCGGUCAGCGCCGUGGUAGCGGAGUCGCGGAGACACCGAUGAUUGACGAUAACAGUCGCGUGGUUAUAGUGCAAGUGCGAGAAGGGCGCAUUGCAGACUGGAAGGGUGGCGUGCGAGAUUGGCAGCUGGUGCGCGACGGCUCGGAGCAGAUCAAUGGGAUAGUAUCAUGA